GCCCGUCCUGCCCAAGAAACGAAAGUGAAAACAAUACAAAAGAAAGUCAUGACUGAUGUGUCAAGACGAAUAAAACUUCCACUCUACAUUUUCAACUAAAAGUAAGACGUUUUAUUUAUAUAAAACUAUUUUACUAUUGUAUUUAUAUUUAAAUAACUUGCCUUUUAAAAAACGUUUUUCUAGACAUGAUUUAAUUCGCAUUUAAGCUUUUGGGAGUUUUUCUUUCGUACUAAAGCAAGCAAGUCGUCUCGUUACUUUACAGUAGAUGAUUUUUCAGUUUGUUUGUUAUAAUGAUUACAUUUUAUAUCUGUUAAUUACAGUGUCAUUACGUGGGUUUGGCAAUAGUUAUCUGGUAAGUUUACGAGCAUUACAGGUCAAAAUUGCUCAGUUGCACCUCAUUAUCUACAAUAUUGCUUGCAUAGGCUAUUGUAAACAACACACCAACAAUACACUUUCUUGUCAAAUGCCUAAUGCUGAUGUCACCGCUGACUACUUGAGCAAUAAAUAGGCCACAGCAAAAAAUCAAGUAUUUAACAAUGAAUAAGAACCCAUAGACCUGCCGGUAGAUCAUUAUGUAUAAGAAAUAGUUUCAGACGUGUUUAUUACCAGUCUAAUCCUUAUUGAAGGAACAUGAGGAGGAGGAGGAAGAGGACUUCUUUGGGCAGAGCACACCUAGCCAGUCUGCCUCAGGUAAGUUAAAGGGCAAAAGCUACAUAAACUGACCUUAGAUCAGUGCAAAGGGGGCAACUUUAUAGGGGCAACUUCCUUCUACACAACAGAUUAUGCACAAUUGCUAUUCCUCAUUUUGACAGCCAGGGGGAGCCACUUUCAGUGGCAGCUGUAUGAAGGACAGCGGUGGCUGCGUAUUGACAAUGACCAUGUGAUCGAGACCCACUACUGCCAGCCUGGGGCCAAAGGAAUGAACAUCUACCCAUCACACAUGGGGUCUGUACUGUAGAUGUUUAGUGGCAAUUUUUUUAUACGGCUGCAUCUCAAUAGUCUUGAAUGGUGUUCUUUCCUUGUCCCCUUUCCUUGAUAGAUAAUGUUGGUUCAAGGAGGUGAACAGGAGAGGAAGCAUUUUAAGAGUAUUAAGACUAACCUAGGAUCUGAUGAUUUAUUUGUUAUACUGUAUGUAUAGUUCAGUAACCUAAGGUCUGACGUGUUUUUGAACUAACACAGGUGGAUUGUGUAUGUAGCCUUUCUGCUCUGUGUAUUCUAGGCAGGUCUAUAUAGAUUUUGAUCAGAUUGAGGCUCAAAAUGCUGCCAUGGGUGUACGGCGACUCACGUUCCUACCUCAGGGUCAAAGUGAAGACAUCGGGUGGUAUUUCAAAGACAAUCGGAUAUGGCGUGAAUACGGUUCUUUGGUGAGUGAAUCUGAAAGUUCCCAAAUGGUCCUAUAAUACAAAGUUUUAAAUUGGAAUUAAAUAAAAAUGAAAUUCUCCCUGCAUAUUUCAAAUUCUCUCUCUCUCUCUCUCUCUCUCUCUCUCUCUCUCUCUCUCUCUCUCUCUCUCUCUGUCUCUCUCUCUCUCUCUCUCUGUCUCUCUCUCUCUCUCUCUCUCUCUCUCUCUCUCUCUCUCUCUCUCUCUCUCUCUCUCUCUCUCGCGCACUCUCUCUUUCUGCUUUCACCCACCCCUUGUCACCUCUCUCCCCCCCACCCAAUCUCCCUCAUCUCUCUCCUAACCCCAGGGUCCAGGUCAGGGCUCGUCCUCAGUCAGUAGUGGUAAUGUGGAACAACAGUACAUCCUCAGACCUCAGGGGACCUUCCAGUUCACUGUGGGGAGCACCAGCUACACGUUAGACUUCACAGGUAGACUCCACACAGGGCCGUAUUCAUUAGGUCACACUGUAGCAAAACGUGCAGUUCAGAUAAUACCUCCCAAUUAUGGACUGUUUUACCCCUUAUCCCAACACAUACAGUGUGAUGUGACAGAGCAUGUAGCCAGUAGCAUAUAUAGGGAACACCGGGGUUGAGAUCUGGCACUUGGGGCUUGAUUCAAUCCAUUGCGUGGAAGAUCUGCGUUUUAGCGUGAUUUACAUUUAAAGGCAAUGUUACCACAUUCGCGGAGACUACAUUCACGGUAAACACUGCAUAUUUUGGCUCAAUCAUAAAUGACCUUUAAAUGUCAACCGUGCUACAAGGCUAUGGAUUGAAUCGAGCCCUUAAAGGGUACAUCUGCAGUUGCUACCUCCAUUAUUGGACUUAAUGAUAUGUACCUAUUGACUCUUGAAGAAUAUAUCUUAUAAAUGCCUCAUGAGCUUAGUUCAGCUGCUGUUCCCCAUCAGAACCCAAAAUAUAAGCUUGCUUUACUCCAAUGUUUGUAAACAAAGGAAAUGUAAAGAAACAUUUAAUAGCCUUAAAACAUGGUUAAAACUAUAAUUUUGAUAUCAUGGAUGGUCAGUCCUUGCAAUCAUAGCUCUGUCUAUGAAUUUGAGAUUGGUCACAUUUCUCCAGCUUCCUCCCUUACCUUUUUACCAAAACAGGGGCGUGGAGAACGAUUUGUUAUUGUUUCAACUGCUGAUUGCCACUUUUAAGCUUUUUUUUUUGUAGAGCAAUUGACAAUACUCUGCAUGUCCUGCCAGACUGCAUUUUCCCUUACAAUACAAUGGUUUCUCUUACCAUAUGUAUGUCUUCUUCAGCUAUGACACAGACCAAUUCAGCCACCCGGGUACAGAGAAACGUCCGGCGGCGUCCAAAGUUCAACUCCAUCGUCUCAGGGAAUGCCAGGUAUUAUUCCAUUUUGGCCCCUAGCCUCUGCCCCUCGGGCCUACGGUGAACAGCAGGUAUUUUGGCCCCUAGCCUCUGCCCCUAGGGCCUACGGUGAACAGCAGGUAUUUUGGCCCCUAGCCUCUGCCCCUAGGGCCUACGGUGAACAGCAGGUAUUUUGGCCCCUAGCCUCUGCCCCUAGGGCCUACGAUGAACAGCAGUUAUUAUGAUGCCUCAUCUAUAUACACCGUUAGGCACUUGCCUCAUUAAUUUAACCUGUGUGAUGGUAGUGUUGCCAAAGUUAUUUGAAUGGGUGAGCUCCAGGCCAACUUCAUUGCAUUCGUUGUAUUGCAUCAUCGACUGCGCAGUCAGGCAGCUGUAUUAUAUGAUGUGGUUAGCUGAUUAAUUAAACACCUAUCCAGGUGUUGUGAGAUCUGGAAGGCGUCUGCGAUGUAGUCAGCCUGGAACGCAGCCUUUCUGUAUACAAACUGGCCUAUAGGAAUCUUGUAGAUGUUAUUAAAUCGAAAUCUUCAUCAAAUCUAUACAGAAAAAAUUACAAACACCAAAAACAAUAUAGCCACAACAUAAUAAUAGCAUUAAAUAUACAUUAUUUAUAACAACAACAAAAUCCAGCUUCUCUCUAGUGUGAUUGGUUUCCCCUUCGACCUCAACUCAGUGUCAAGAUAACUUUACAUACAUUCCUGACAUAUGCAAAUGUGAUCAUCUAUAGUUUCAUACCUACUUUCUUGUCACAGCAACAUUGAAGCAAGUCACUUAACACUAAUUGCUCCUGUAAGUCGCUCUGGAUAAGAGUGUCUGCUAAAUGACUAAAAUGUAAAUGUAAGUGUAAUUCAGUAUUUGUGGGUCUAUUUCUUUGCAGUGUAUCCAUUGCCCCAUCAGCCCCCACUGUAAUUGCCUCACCACCUCCCUCUGCUGGCUACACCUGGGAAUUCAUGGGUGUGGAGGGGGUGUGGACAGAAUACCAGACUCCAGUGAGUGGGACAUUAUUUUAUUCGUUGAACCCUUGCAAAUAGCACACUACAAGACAGAUUGUAUAUGUUCAACUCAGGCCCUCAUUAAGGUGAGAAUGGAGGAGGGAGACAAUCAUGGUAUAGCAGCAUGUAAUCUGUGGCUAUUUCCAGAGUUGCUCACUGGACAGUGCUGGGAUUGAGAGACACUACCAGAAGAACCCCAAGGGACAGAUACGCUUCAAAGCUGGGAGAUAUUCCUACACCCUCGACUUCUCAGGUAAGACAGAGUUAAAUACUGGUGUACCAUAACAUGUGACCUGUCUAGGAACACUCCUGAAGUUUUCUCUGUCUCUUCCAGGCAUGUGUCAGACCAACGUUCGCAUCGGGACCAAAAGAACUGUGAGGAGAACUCAAUGUGAAGCUCAACAAAUGAGCAGGUAUGGAUAAAACAGGCUGGGAACCUAGAGCAAGGAGUUUUACUGACCAUGUGACCUAACCAGGAAAAAGUAUUGUCCCUAUAGGUUAGGGCCAAGAGUUUUUCCUGGUCUGGUCAUGUGGUCAGGAAGAAGUCCUGGCCAUUAGUCAAGGCCUUUCUGACCUGCUAGAGAACCCAUGUGUAACAACUGUGCAAUGUGACAAAUAAUGAAAAACUGUGUCCUCCUCUCACAGUGGAGGAAUGGGUUUACAGUCCCGUUGGCAAUUUCAAGACGUGGACGGAAGCUGGAAAGACUUUGCCAAAGUAAGAUGAACCGUUUUACUGGUCUCUCUCAUCAGACUCCAUAAGAGUAGUCUUCAUACCACUACAUUAAAAACACAUUUAUGACCAAGCAGUGUGUGUGUGUGUGUUGACUUAAUCCUGUAGAGAAGCGGCACCUGCAGUGUAUCCAGCCAGGACAUUGAAGCCCAGUACCAGCAGAACCCAAAUGGAACUAUGAACUUCACUACCAGGAGCUUCAGCUAUCAACUGGACUUCUCGGGUAAAUAUGUCAUCUUCUCAGAACUUCACAUGGGCCUAGGGCAGGGGUGUCAAACUCAUUCCAUGGAGGGCCUAGUGUCUGCUGUUUUUUCCUUUCAAUUAAGACCUAGACAACCAGGUAAGGGGACUUCCUUUCUAAUCAGUGACCUUAAUUCAUCAUUCAAGUACAAGGGAGGAGCGAAAUCCCGCCGACACUCGGCCCUCUGUGGAACGAGUUUGACAAGUGCCUAGCGGGUGAAGGAUAGCGGUUGAUUGAAGAUUUAGGAGUAGUUUAAUUGAUUUGAUGAAUCCAAACUCCAAACCAAUAUAGUUUCCUGUGUUGGAGAACAUUAUUGUCAGGACCUAACAGUUGGUUGGUUUGAUUUGUUGUCUUUUGCAGCCCUGACCCAAAGAAACCUGUCCACUCAGACCACCCGAUCUGUUCGACGUCUGAACUUAGUCACUGCCCACGACACUGUCCUCUGUCAGGGGAGAAGAUUCCCUGUAUGACAUGACGACUGAGAUUGUCCCACUCAGCCAAGAACUGCUUUGCGGCUGUAUCACAAUACACUAAAGUAGCUUCCUUUCUUUUAUAAUGAGAAAUGCAGAGAACUACAGGUGGGUGUGUUUUUGGCUGUCCAGGCCCUCUGGAUCAGUACAACUACAUAGAGGAGAGGAGACCACUUUAGAAUGUAGAGACACAGCCUGCUAUUAUGAUGAUGGGCGUAGUGGGUGACCUCUGACCUCAACCUUACACUCCUCUUUUCCUAACUGACCUAAUCCUCUGUCUCUGUCCAAUACCCUGGCAGUGGAGGCUGGUGGGAGGAGCUGUAGGAGG